AUGCUCUCGACAGAUACUCCAACUCCCGUGCCCGAACCAAUUGCAAUUGCUGAUGAAACCGCACCUGCCCAUGCACAGACCUUGAAAGAAGCGGCUGCUCCCCUUGUAGACCACCUGAAAACCAAAUUCAAUGAGGCCACUGCCGCUGCUCAAAAGUUUGUCGAGCCAUAUUAUGAACAAUACGUACCUCCUCAAGUGAAAGCUGGUCUUGAAAAAGCAUUGCAAACUACCACAAAGUUUGGUCACGACAGUGUCACUAAGGGCAGAGUCAUUGUAGAAGGUGCUACUACUACCAUCACUGCACACACUCCUGCUCCAAUCUUAAAGGUCGUAAAGGACGCUAUUGAACAAGGAAAACAUUUCGCUGAAGAUCCAGCUGGCACCGCCAAACACAUUGCGGAAGAUAUCAAGACUUAUGUUCCAACGUAUGUUUUGAACUAUGGCAGCAGGACCUAUGAAGUUAUUCAACACACUGCUGAGACUCUCCGUACAAACACCAAAGAAACGAUGGAAGGAGCCAAGAAAUCCGUCGAAGACAUUUCAGCUCGUGCCGUAUCUGCUCUGGACAAUACAACUGGAGUCAUCGUCACCAGAGUAAACGGUGUUGUCGAAAAGGUUGUGGCAAUCCCUCAAGUACAUAAUGUAGUAGAACAGCUCAAGACAUUGAUUGCUCCGCUCCAACACGAACUGUUUCCUGGAUCUCCAAGCGAGGAGGAUGCUCCAAUCCCCUUCUUGCCAGAACAGGAUGAGGCUGCUGCCACACCUCUUGCUGAAAAGCCAAAAGCAUAG